CGGCUUCUGUUUGCAUCUGUAGCUCCUUUGUGCGCAUCGAACCCUUCGACCGUUCGCCUCUGCCCUGUGCGCGGCUUUUCCGGCGUCCUUUGUUGACCUAAGAAGCAAAGCUAUUUCUCUCUCUCUCUCUCUGUUUCUUGUUUGCUUUCCCAUACAGCAACCUUGUACACGCCAAGUAGUGGUAUUACCCGAGGUACACGGGAAUAGCCUCAGCCUGAGCGACUUUGUUUUUUGUUUGUUUGCAGCUGCGAGCCCGGACGCCGCAGACACAUACAAACACACAGCAUGGCCUACCGAGACCAAGACUACCGCCGGUCCGCCGUCGAGUUUGACGACACCAUCCGCACACGCACCGUCACCCGCAGCCCCGCGCCUCCCACUCCGCGCUCCCGCCGCGGCGAGUUUGAGGAGUUUGACGUGCGCAUCCGCGAGCGAGAUGGCGACCUGCCCGACUUCCUGAGGUCGUCGCGGAGGCCCGAGGCCGGGCCCAUGGUGCUGCGUCAGCGCGAUGCCGACCCUUACGACCGCCCUCCGCGCGAGCCCAGCCCGAUCCGCUUCCGCGAGGAGCGCAUCGUCCGCAGGGCCCAGAGCGUCUCGCCCUCCGAGCCCGAGCGUGAGCGCUCGCGCACCCGCAUCGUCGAGAAGAUCCGCAGCCCGUCCGUCGCCCGCCGCAGGUCGCCCUCGCCCCGGGCCGUGCGCUAUGUCGAGCCCUCGGACGCCACCUCGGAGCACAUCCGCAUCGUCGAGCGCGAGCGUGAGCGCGAGCGGGUGCCGUCGCCAUCGCCCUCACCCCCGCCUGCGCCGCCCGUCAUCCGCGGGCCCGUGAUUGAGCGUGAGGUCAUUACUCACUACACAGACAUUGACCAUGGAAUGAUCCAGGCCAGGCCGCCAUCCCCGCCUCCCGCGCCACGGCCCCGCCAGCGGGAGCGGGAGCGCGACAUCCGGGAGACGGACAUUGACAUUCAGCUGUCCAAGGGCCGCACCGAGGUCGAGGUUGACUUCCACCGAUCCGCCAGCCGCACUCGCUCCAAGAGCCGCGAGAGGCGCUCCAGCCGCUUCUACGACGAUGACAUUGUCAUCCGCCGUGACCUCAAGAUUGAGGAGACCAAGGGCCGCCGGAGGGCUCACUCCGCCGCUCCCCGCCCCGUAGAGGACGACGAGGCUGAGUACAUCACGUCCAAGGUCGACUCUCGCGGCCGCAUGGGCGAGGCCUGGGGCGGCGCCACCAAGUCUUGGACCAUUGUCGACGUGCCCCCGGGGACUGAGCGGAUACGCAUGGACGGCGUUGGCGGCGCAACCACCGACACCACUUGGACCAAGUACAGCGGCGUGCGGAGGACCAAGUUCAUCCCGGAGAGGGAGAGGGACCGAGACGACCUGUCCAACCGCGCCCCCUCGCCGCCGCCUGUCCGGGGCGAGCGCGUCAGCGUCUCCGUCCUUGACCGCGAGCGCGAGAUUGAAAUCGACCGGAGGGUCGGCCGUUCUCCCGCUCCCGCCCCGCCCAAGGAGAUGUGGACCGAGAUUACAAAGGACCUGGUCAUCCGCGAGGCCAUUGAGGAGCUUGGCUACGAGUACGAGGAGACGGACAUGUUCUUCUACAUUAUGGAUUACCUGAAAUACGACGAUGUUCUUCAGUUGACUGAGCUCUCUGAUGACAUUCGACGAUCUAAGCGACAGCGAGCGCGCGAGAGCAUUCGCUUCGAAUUCGACCGCGAGCGUGACUACUACGAAGACGACCGACGGAGCUACGACAGGCGCGCAGCUCCUCGGCGGGACGAGCGUAUUCGGGAGACGGAGAUUAUCUACGACCGCGACCGCGCCACUCCCUCUCGCUAUCGUUGAGGCCCUGACGUCCCAGUGCCGUUGAAUGAGUACUGGCUCAAAAGGAGAUGGGGGACAUUGUGCAUGGACAUGAUAUAAACUGAUUUGGUUGGAUUUUUUCUUCGUCUUUCUUCUCUUCUGGGGGAGACUGAGCGUGAGUGAGAAGUUGGAUGACUUAUGAUCUGUGUCUGCUUUUCUCAUGUCUUAUGAUCCAUGACUUGUCUUGAUGAUGAUUGGGAGUUUGAUCGAUUUCUUCGCUUCUUUUCUCACACUUUUUUUUUUUUUUUUACUUUGGUUUCUUUUUGUUCUUUCAUACAUGUAAUGAAU